GAUACUCCUAUUAGUUUGUCGCGAGGUAAACGAGUUGGUGCAAACACAUGGUAGUGUGUACAGAAUCUACAAUUAUGUCAGACGACGAUGUUGAUUCGGAAUUUCUUGGCUUUCACGAAAUGGGACUUGAUGAUCGCCUUUUGAAAGCAAUCUCUAAGUCAGGCUGGAGAAAACCAACCCCAAUUCAAGAGAAAGCCAUUCCUCUGGCAUUGGAGGGAAAGGAUGUACUUGCUCGUGCUCGCACAGGCUCAGGCAAGACUGCCGCAUUCUGUAUUCCUGUCAUACAAAAAAUACUGGCAGCAAAGCAGUCGGCCACGGAGCAGUGUGUCCGUGCUGUAGUCCUGACUCCAUCGAAGGAGCUGUGUAAUCAAGCAUUCAGAAACAUCAAGGACUUGACGAGCAGUUGCUCUCGGGAGGUGAGAUGUGUCGACAUCUCGCAACCAAACCCGCUGCCCUCGCAAAGGCCAAUGUUGAUGGAGAAGCCAGACAUCGUCGUGGGAACACCAAGUCGGGUGCUGGCGCACAUAGAAGCAGGCAACCUGUGUCUGCGUGACUCACUCGAGAUGGUCAUCAUAGACGAGGCAGAUCUGGUGUUUUCAUUUGGAUAUGAACUUGACAUCAAAAGACUCUUGGAACACCUGCCCAAGAUCUACCAAGCAUUCCUGAUGUCUGCCACCCUGACAGAAGACGUGAAGGCUCUCAAGAAGAUGGUGCUCCACAACGCUGUGAUUUUGAAACUUGAGGAAAGUCGACUUCCAGAGACAUGGCAGCUUGCACAGUACCACAUCAAGUGUGAAGACGAGGACAAGUUCACGUUGAUGUGCGCUCUGUUCAAGCUGGGUCUAAUCAGAGGGAAGUCCAUCCUGUUUGUCAACUCGGUAGACCGCUGCUACAAGUUGAAGUUGUUCCUGGAACAGUUUGGUGUCAACGCCUGUGUCCUCAACUCAGAACUUCCAGUCAACUCCAGGUGUCACAUUGUGACCCAGUUCAAUGAGGAUGUAUACAGCUACAUCAUUGCAUCUGAUGAAACACUUCUGGCCGAUCCUAAACAGAAGCCACAAGACAAGAAGAAACACAAGAAGAAGAUCCAUGAGUAUGGAGUGUCCCGAGGAAUUGACUUCCAGAAUGUUUCAAACGUCAUCAACUUUGACUUCCCCAGGAAUGUAGACUCCUAUAUACACAGAGUAGGAAGGACAGCACGAGGCAACAACCACGGCACCGCGCUGUCGUUCGUCAACAUCAAGGAGAUGGCGAUGUUGCAGGAGGUGGAGGAUGACCUAGCUGAUCAUGCACCUGAAGGCGAAAAUCUCUUUAAACCUUACAACUUCAAGAUGGAGGAAAUUGAAGGCUUCAGAUACCGAUCUAGGGAUGCAAUGCGGGCGGUGACGAGGCUGGCAAUCCGAGAUGCCCGGAUGAAGGAGAUUCGACAGGAGCUGCUCACAACAGAGAAACUGAAGUCUCACUUUGAGGACAACCCCCAGGACCUUCAAGUGCUGCGUCACGACAAGGCUCUCCACACCGUCAAGAAACAGGUCGUUCUCAAACACGUCCCGGACUACCUCGUUCCGAAGACACUGAAGAAUCUACAGCAGGAGGAAAAGACCGACAAAACCAAGAAAAGUAACAAACCCGGCCCAUCUAGGGGACAGUUGAAGUUCAAGAAGAGACAAGCUGAUCCCUUGAAAAGUUUUGAGUUCACUGGCCUCAGUAGUAAGAAGAAGAAGAAGAAAUGAACAGAAGAUGAUUUCAUUUGUAAAAUCUGUAAAUAACCCCAAAAUAUUAAAUGUUGAUCAAAACCCAA